CCCCCCCCCACCGUUAGCCGGCCGUCGGGGCGGUUGGGCCGUUAGGAUGUCGCGCGGGCGGGAGCGCGUGGUGGCCCUGGUGGACAUGGACUGCUUCUUCAUGCAGGUGGAGCAGCGCCUUGACCCGCAGCUGCGCGGCCGCCCCUGCGCCGUGGUGCAGUACAACAAGUGGCAGGGCGGCGGGAUCAUCGCCGUGAGCUACGAGGCGCGCGCCUUCGGCGUGGCCCGCGGCAUGUGGGCGACGGAGGCGCGGGCGCUGUGCCCUGAGCUGGCGCUGGCGCGGGUGCCCGAGGCGCGGGGCAAGGCGGACCUCACCCGGUACCGGGAGGCCAGCGCGGAGGUGAUGGAGGUGCUGUCGCGCUUCGCCACCAUCGAGCGGGCCAGCAUCGACGAGGCGUACCUGGACCUGACGGGCUGCGCACGGGAGCGGCUGCGGGCGCUGCGGGGGCAGCCUCUGGGCGCCGCGCUGCUGCCCACCACCUUCGUGCAGGGGCUGCCGGCCGGCCCCGACCAUGGCCCCAGCGGGAAGGAGGAGCUGCGGGAGUGUGGUGUGCACGAGUGGCUGGCAUCACUGUCUUUCAGUGAUCCCGAUUGUCCAGACCUGCAGCUGACCAUGGGAGCAGUAAUUGUGGAGGAAAUGAGGGCAGCUGUAGAAGCAGCCACCGGAUUCAGGUGUUCAGCUGGGAUUUCACACAACAAGGCACUGGCAAAACUGGCCUGUGGGUUGAACAAGCCCAACCGCCAGACACUAGUAUCUUCACAAUCUGUCCCACAGCUCUUCAGCCAGAUGCCUGUUGGCAACAUCCGAAACCUGGGGGGGAAGCUGGGUGCAGCCAUCACAGACAUCCUCGGAGUGGAGUACAUUGGGCAGCUGACACGGUUCAGUGAGACGGAGCUCCAGACUCACUUUGGAGACAAGACAGGGUCCUGGCUCUAUGACCUGUGCAGAGGAAUUGAAGAUGAACCUGUCAAAAACCGGUACUUAACCCAGUCCAUUGGCUGCAGCAAGAACUUCCCUGGAAAGACAGCCCUGGCCACACAGAAAGAGGUGCAACACUGGAUCCUGCAGUUGUCCUUGGAGCUGGAGUCCAGACUGAUCAAGGACAGGAGCCAGAACAACCGAGUGGCCAAGCAGCUGAUGGUGGUUAUCCGCAUGCAGGGAGACAUCCGACUGUCACGCUGUUGUGCUCUGUCCCGCUAUGAUGCCCAGAAGAUGAGCAGCGAUGCCUUUGCCAUCAUCCAAAACUGUAACAUGGCUGGGGCUCACCAGGCGGCCUGGUCUCCACCGCUCAUAUCGGUGCUUCUCUCCGCAAGCAGGUUCUCACAGGCUCCUACACUCCUCUCUGCAGGCAUUGCCACCUUUCUGACCAGUGAUACCCAGUCUGAUGGCACUGCCACCGCCAGUGCAAAGACCACAUCUGCUAGGAGCCCAAGGGUCAAGUUCUUCAGGAGCCCAAGCAAAGAACAUAGACAGAAGCCGGCUAACGCUAUUGAGUCAUUCUUCCAAAAGGCAGUAGAAAGGCAGCAAGCACAGUUGCCCAGCCCGCCAGCUACUACCAGCACAGAGUCACCUGUGCCCAGCUCACCUGGACUCCAGCUCACUUCUGUGCAGUGCGACCUGGAGUCCCCUGUGAAGCACAGUCCCAGAGAGGGGAGCUCUGCCUCUCCUUACAAGAGGCUUUCCUGUGAAGAAUCACUGUCCGAUGUUACACAAACGCCCUCAACCCCCCCAGGCUCCAAAAUCCUUUUGAAAUUAGAGCAAGCUACAGAGGGGAAUGAGCAGAAUUUGCCACCUUCUCCUGAGCUUGCCCUGUUCCCUCAUGCCUCGCCAGGGGACCAGCAGCAGUGUGAGAAGUGUGGCCAACACGUGCUGGCAUGGGAGCUCCCAGAGCACAUGGACUACCACUUUGCUGUGGAGCUGCAAAGCUCCUUCCUGGAGCCUAGCUUCCCGCCGGCUCCAGCAGCAGCUCUUAGCCCUAGAGCUGCAGCUUCCAGGUCUCCUGCCAAGACCAAGAGCAAGCCCAAGACUGAAGCAGGCUCUAGUGCAAAACGACCUAGAGAAAGUGUGACAAGAACUUUAGAUUUUUUCUUUAAACGCUUAUCUCCUUAACUCCCAGCCACGCUGGGAUUUUUAGGUAAUCAGUGUUUUUUAAAUACAGUUGAACGUUUUUAUACUGGCUGUCAGGUUUUAGUGCAGAAAAGUGUAAUAAAUUAUCUCUACCCCAAA